CACAGCUAUCGCCUGACGCAACUAAUCACCUGUGCGUGUACAGAUUUUCAUCGAGCAUCGGGCAUUUCUUCAGUAAGAUGCUUCUAAAUGACCCUUUUCCUAUUAUCCAGAUCUUUGUGCCGUUAGUUGCCUUUGCUAUCGUUAUCAUCUGCUGCACGUCGCUGUGUAAGACCCUGCAGCGGGCUCGCCGAGAGGUCAUGGAGAGCCAGGCGCGGACCUGCACUCUCGAGACCUUCGAGCGGCCAUCUGUCUACAUCAUCCCAACUGCACUACCUGAUGAUGAGCUACACGGACCCCCUCGCUACAGCACAGUGGACCACUACAGCCCACCCCCCUCUUAUGAUGAGUUGGGGCUGAAGCCUGACUUUAUUCCACAUGAUCCUCCUCCAGCCUAUUCAGAGUCCAUCCAUACUCCAACCACCACUCUAUCCGUUCCAGCCCAGCUCUCCAUAUCCAUCCCCACACAAUCACACGCUUCAGAGACUGUAUGAACAGCUGGAAAGACUCCCAGCACGUCCCAGAAACCUCUGGCCAGAGCUUCCGUUACCCUCACCUCACAGAAACGUAUUUUAAACCACUUUUGGCUGCAUAUUUUGUAAAUGUGAUGCAAGAAAUGUGAAAAAAAGUUAUAGUUAUAGAAGGUUCUUACAUAAUGUAAAUGCUCUAUAGUCAUUGAACAUUUUUCCUCGAAGUGAUAGUACCUUUAAGUAGGGCUGGAUUAUACAUUAUUUCACAAUAUACACUAUAUUGCAUAUUGCAAAGUAUCAGCUCACCUGCAUUCCGUUUAUUUUAUCUGUAAGCGAACCAUUAAUAUUAACCAACCGUGCAGCUUGAUUUAGGGCAUGUCAGUGUGUCUUUGCUAUCGUAAUGCCGGGAAAAGUACAUCUUUUGCAGCUUAAAACACACAAAAGGCAUGUACUAUUUCUCGUAAAUAAUUAUGGGUGUGUUUUCAGCGUAAUGUGAAAUAAACUAUUACCUUUAAGAGCCAGGUGCUCUCUGACUUUGGCGAAUUGCUAUCUUAACGGCGCAGUGCUUCUUUGCUUCUCAGUAGAGGAAACUGUCCUGUUUGUUCACACUGUGAAGAUGCUUGAGCAGGUCAUUUUACGGGAACAGCAAAGUUAUCAAAAUGUUAUUUUGUUUUCUGUAUAUUGUCGAUGUAAAAGUAACAGAUGGAUGUGUAACUUGCCGGCAUGCCUGUGUUGCCAAGAUGGCAAUGAACGUCUGACAAUUGACUGUUGUCUAGGUUGUCUUCGGCCAGUGGCGCACAUGUGUUUUCUGUUGCCAAGAUGGCAGUACGUCAGAAAUGUACCUGAACACACCUCAUUUCGGUUAUUUAAGUGACGCAGGCACAAGGCAUGAAAAAAUAGUGUUGAUGGGGUGUAAGAUGGCAAUGAGUAUCAUGACACGCCUUGCACAGGGUGUAAGAUAGGGCCCUCUGUCCAUAGAACCUAGACUACUCUAGUAUGACAUUAGUUGAGAUGUAAUAUUAAUAUUUCCCCAUAUUUUAUUCAAAGUUUAAUUUUGCACAUACCAAAUAAAAUAGUUUUUUUUAUUUAUUUAUUUAUACUCUCUAGCCUGACUUAACUUUUGUUGAUUCAAUUGGACUAGCCACAAUGCUACUGCCACAGCUGGACUUAGCUGGUUUAAGUGACAGUGUUGGGGAGGUUUAACUGUGAUAAGAACAGUCAUCCACAGCAGACUUGGCUUGGAAUGGGUUAUCCCUGAUGCUAAAUGUUUUUCUGAGCUGAAUUAUUCACUGAUAGUUUACAGUUUACAGUGAUAUUAGCACGUUUGCACAUACUUUUGCGCUAGAAUAGUGGUUCAGCCGCUAAUACUACCAGCUGAGCACAACUGGGUGAAGCCAUGAUGCUUAACAAUCACAGCAGCCAUCCUAGGCAAUGUUGGGGAGAUUAAGCCGCUUUUAUUUCAGCUUUUAUUUUUGGGCUGAAUUAUUCUGAGCUGAUAGUUGAAUAAACUUCUAUUAUCCUGCACUCUGUCAUGUUCUGACUGAUGUUGAAAUAUUGAAAAUGAGUUUAAAAAUCAUAUCACUAUUAUUGAAACCUCAUCUGUAUUACAUAAAUUUAUAUCAAAUUAUUGUCCAGCCCUACAUUUAGGCAAUGAAACAUUUAAGAGUUUUUAUUUUUAGGAGUGUAGAGUCAGAGAAGAGCACUGAAAAUGUGUACAUAUUUGUAAAUUGUGUAAAUAUAUUUUGUUAACUUUUUAGAUGAACAAUAAAUGUAAUAUGGAAAAAAUUAAAAUAAAAAAAUACAAUAAUAAGCUUUGUGUAGGUUUUACUUCUUA